AUGACACCUGAAGAAGAAUCCCAAUCGGAGUCGGUAAAACAGAACCGAAAAGCAAACAAUGUGGAGCCAGCACCCAAGAGACGCCGGGUUGCGCUAGCCUGUUCAGCAUGCAGGAUCCGCAAGUCAAGGUGUAAUGGAGCACGGCCAAGAUGCGACACAUGUGAGAAGCUAGGUUUUGAAUGUCUCUAUGAGCAGCAAGAAACGUCGGCCAAUCUUCUCGUCCCAAAGGAUCUGUUUGCCGCCCUGGAAGCAAAGGUUAAUCUUUUAGAAGCCAAUGUUCAGAAACAAGAUGGAAGGCUCAUUCUGGUCGAGGAUUCAAUAUCCAAGAUUGGAAAUGACCUUAUUCCACAUCAUCCAAAGUCGGGUGAUGUGGUUGUGAAUAUUGACAAAAUGGAUGAGUCUUGUGCAGAUCAAAACAACACCGAUGGCAUGGCCGUCUCAUUUGUUGACGAGCAGGACUGUGGAUUCUUUGGGCCGUCGUCCAACAUCGCAUUAAUGAGGCACAUCCGAAAGGUCAUAGACCUCAACAGGCCACAGACUAGCCAGCCCUCAUCUCUAACCCCAGCUUCAGAGUUUAGUGUCUAUGAGGGUGGCCUGGUAAGCAGCUCAACCACACUACCCCAGACCUCACAAGACUCAUCCAAGACAUUGGGUGUCAAUCUCUUACCCCCGGAUGAGGUGAUGAAACGCCUAAUCAGUGCAUACUUUGCCAAUACAGGACUUUUAUUCCCAUUCAUUCACCAGCAGGAGUUUCUAGACACAUAUCAACGUUUCCAAGCAAGUGGUUUUAGGACUGACGUUCGUCGGACCUGGCUGGGCUUACUAAACAUGAUACUUGCUAUGGCUACUUGUACAUCGUGCUGGGAAGACUCUGGAAGUGAGACACAUUUCGAGGAAUCUGACAUAUUCUACCGCCGAGCUCAAGAGCUUUGCCAAACGCAAAUGUUCCGAGGUACCACGCUCGAGAUAGUGCAAUUUCUUUUGCUCACGAGUCAGUAUCUUCAGGGUACCCACAAGUCAGUUCAUACUUGGACAAUACACGGUCUUGCCGUAAAAGGCGCCAUGUCUAUUGGACUGCAUUCAAGAGAUAUUGCCUCCAAAUUCACUCCUCUUGAGCAGGAGAUUAGGAAACGCACAUGGUUUGGAAGCCUCAGUAUGACAUUUGGGCGUCCAUGUUCAAUUCCAGAAGAAUACAUUCGUCUUGACCUUCCCAAGCCCUUAGCCUCUGAUGAAACGCAGCAGCUCAGCACGGCAUUUUAUAAUGCAUCAAUACAAUUGUACAGAAUUAUGGGCAAGAUAAUUGUAUCUCUCUACGGAAGCAACCUUGGAUGUGAAGACCAAGCGUCAGAUACUUCAACCAUGACAUAUAUUAUUCAGUUUGAACAAGAACUCACAGACUGGCAGAAUAACUUGCCCCAUCGUCUGAGUCUGCAUAGCGCAAAUGAAGUUACACAAGCAGAUAUGCACGAUUCGACAAUUGAACGCUUUCGAAUCAUCCUGACGCUCAGACAUCUCAACAUUCAGCUUCUCCUUCACCGCCCAAUGUUUAUCCGAUCCCUGGGUGCCCUACUUAAGGAUCCUAAAAUGCCACACCGAAAUGCUGGGUCAGUCAAUAGCAUGCAAGCCAGUUUCGACAGGGUGUUUGUACAGGCGGCAGAGAGUACGAUAGAUAUCAUAUACUCGGUACUUACAAGACCUGAUCAUGGUCGCCAUUUGAUCGGCGCCUGGUGGUUCACACUCUAUUAUGCCUUUAGUGCAGCACUGGCUGUUUUUGGAGGCUUGUUGAUCUCACUCGACUUGGAAGACGAAUUUGCAAGUACCAAUCGUCUUGACAAAGUAAAGAAGUAUCUUAACAAAGUCUCCGAAACACUUUUGAGACUCAGUGGCCAUAAUGUUAUUGUGUUACGCUGCUCUAAAUUCUUACAACAGCUCAUCAGGAUAGUCAAUGCAUGGGAUUCAAGGCCUCAUCAAGAAGUCAAUUCCGAAAGUCAAUACACAGAAUCACACUCAUUCGCAGCAGGUCACUUUGACAUUGAGUCAGAUUUGCUGUCCACUAUGCCACAGUGGGAAGGCCCUGCACUUAAUCUUGGCGAUGAGCUUGAGCUGGGACAUUUCUUUGCGAGCGAUUCACAGAGGUGGUUUGAGCGAGCUCAGUGGUAA